AUGAACAAGAAAAAACCUCAGGAGACGCAGGGACAGAGAAGUGCCUCAGCCAUGCAGGUAUUGCCCCCAGCGGAUGCUCAACAGUUCUCUGCCAACUGGAAAACACUACAAGAGAUGUUGAAGAAGCAGCCAGAGAAACCUAACGGUGCUGUGACCAAGGAGAAGUCGACCGUCAAACCGUCUACUAAUAACAUAAAAGAUACAAAAGAUCUGAAGGGAAAAGAUUUUGCAAAACCUACGAAAAAGAUUAAGACUGGUCCCGGUGAAGACAAAGUGAAUGGGGCCGAAGGACACAAGAACAAUGCAAAAUCUACUCCUGCAAAGAAAAGAAAAAUGGACAGCAAAAAUACACAAGGGAAACACCAAGAAGCAAAAAAACAGAAAGCGGAGGUCAGCGUGAACAAGAUGGAGGAGGACAUCUGGUUCGAUGACGUGGAUCCUGACGACAUGGAGGCCACGGUGGGAGCAGAAGCGGCAGAAAUCAUGAGGAAGAGGAUGGGGAUUCACCAGAGCCGGGACGUGGAGAGUGCACUGGUCAAAGAGAAGGCCUUUGAAGGACUGACCAAAGUCGUAGCUAUCGACUGUGAGAUGGUUGGAGUGGGUCUGGACGGAGAGGAGAGCAUCUUGGCUCGCGUGUCUCUCGUGAACCAGUUUGGGAAGUGCAUCUACGACAAAUACGUGAAGCCAACGGAGAAGGUGACGGACUACAGGACACACGUCAGCGGAAUCCGACCCAAGGACAUCAGAGACGGCGAACACAUCGACACCGUGCGGAAGGAGGUCGGGGAAAUCCUGCGGGGCCGAGUGGUGGUCGGACACGCCAUCCACAACGACCUGAAGAUCCUGCUCUUGGAUCACCCCAAGAAGAAGAUCCGGGACACGCAGAAGUAUGAGCCCUUUAAGAAAAUGGCAAAGAGCCGGCGUCCAGCGCUCCGAGUGCUCUGCAGAGAAGUUCUGAACGUGAAAGUGCAACAAGGCGAGCACUCUUCUGUCCAAGACGCACAGGCCACGAUGCGGCUUUACACGAUGGUGAAGAAGAAGUGGGAGGCACAGAUCAAGGAAGGAAAUAAGAACAAAGACUCAGACAAGAUGAAGAGAAGGAAACCUGUGACGGGCAAAAGCAACAGCGUGAGGACCGGCCCCCCGCCCUGA